AUGUCAAGCAAAGACAAAGUUAUGGCGAAACAGGAAAUUCAUAAAACUUUAAAACUGUGUAACUUUUGCACAAGAAAAAUAGGAAUUUCUUUUACCGAUGAACAACCGAAAGAUUUAAUUAGUAAAAUAUGGACAUAUAUGUGGUUUCUGGGAUCUGCGUUAAUAUUAUUUUUAAAGUUAGCCGGUCAAGUGGACUACGCUGUGACGAAGCUCGUCAAUUCAGCAUCAGUCGUCGAAUUCGUUGCAGGCUUACAUAUUAUUGGCUACGACACCAUGAGUUUCGGUAAGAUGUUGACGAUGUGGUACAAAAGGAAUAUAUUUCGAAACCUUCUCAAUGAACUCGCCGACCUGUGGCCGACAUUGGACCGCGACAAAGAUUCUAUUGACAUCAAACGAAAGAAACUUUCUAGACUUCAAAUCGGUCAAUUCUGGUAUGCCUUUUGGAAUAUAUUAGGAGUAUGGCUAUACAACUUGACUCCAAUAGUGAUUUACGUCUACCGCAAGAUUCAAGGCACACCUGCUAAUUUAGGCUACAUCUGGCACUUAUCGUAUCCCUUUGAUAAGACUCAACCCGUAUACCACGAACUUGCUUUUGUCUUUGAAACGUUUGGAGGCGUUGUGUCAGUAUGGUCAAUGCUCGGUUCAGAUAUUCUAUUCAUGACGAUGGCGAGUCACAUUAGCAUGUUGCUGCGGCUUUUGCAGUUAAAGAUCCGACGCUUGGGUACACAAAAUGGCGGCACUAUUAAUCAGUUUAAACAUGGCGAUCAUUAUCAAGAAAUUAUAUCUGUUAUUAAAACACACCAGAGACUUAUAAUGUACGGAAAUGAUUUGGAAGACGCAUUCUCAAUUGUCAAUCUAAUCAACGUUCUUUUGAGCUCCGUGAACAUUUGCUGUGUUGUUUUCAAUAUACUUCUAGAUCCAUGGAUGGCAAUGAGUAAUAAGUUCUUCUUGGGCGCUGCUUUAACUCAAGUUGGUAUUCUGUGUUGGUAUGCUGAUGACAUUUUUACAUCAAGCUCAGGCGUAGCAGACGCGGUGUACAAUAGCGGAUGGUAUAACAGUGACAUCCAAUGCCAGCGAGCAUUGCUAGUCAUGAUACAAAGAUCCCAGAAACCUUUAUAUUUUACAGCACUUAAAUUCAGCUCCAUCACCAUGUCAACCUACAGUUCGAUUCUCAUUAACUCUUAUUCCUACUUCACAUUAUUAUACACCGUAUACAUAAGUGACUAA